AUGCAGAUGACUCCAAGCAUCCUGAGCAGUCUGCUCGCUCUUCUUGCCUCUGUCCAUGCAGCUCCCAGCAAAGCCAAAGAGGUCGGCGAGCAUGUACAGGGCGAUUACCUGAAGGAAGAGACGUUUCAACUGACAGAUACCUCCCUCUCAGCCCUUCAUGAGAUCGACCUCUCACACGCCUCUCUUUUCUAUCCGAAUAGCACCUCGAAAGGCCGAAGCACGACUCACCACGUACUGGGAAAAUGUAAGACCUUCCCUGAGGAUCGCAAUUGGCCUUCCAGUUCUGUCUGGAAAUUGCUUGAUCUUAUCACUGGUGGCGCUUUGAUCAAGACUGUCCCAAUCGCAGCCCCAUGCUACCGCAACUUUGGUUCUUAUGACAAGGUAGAAUGUAGUCGUGUCGUGGACCAAUGGAGCAACUCUUCUCUGCAUAUCGCCGACCCAUCGUCUGUCAUGUGGCCGCUUUACCAAGGUCGCACAUGUCAACCAGGUGAGAAGACCGAUGGGAGAUGUACCCUUGGCGGAUAUCCUUCAUAUGUCGUUGAUGCACGAAAUGUCGCUCACUUGCAGUUGGCUGUCAACUUUGCACGAUCUAUGAACUUGAGACUUGUCAUCAAGAAUACUGGCCACGACUUUAAUGGUCGGUCUGCUGGUGCUGGUGCAUUGUCGGUCUGGAUGCAGCGCUUCAAGAGUAUUCAGUUCUUGAAGAGCUACAAGACCAAGUUUUACAGCGGGCCUGCCCUGAAGGUGGGAGCUGGCGUCAUCGGCUCUGAGCUUUAUGAAGCUGCUGAGAGGUAUGGCAUUACUGCUGUUGGUGGUGAAGGUAUGAGCGUCGGUUAUGCUGGUGGAUUCUUAGCUGGUGGUGGACACUCUCCCAUGUCGCCGCUCUACGGUAUGGGCGCGGAUCAGGUUCUAAGUAUUGAAGUCGUUACUGCCGAUGGUCGCUUUGUUACUGCCAACGAGCACCAAAACACUGAUCUGUUUUGGGCUCUUUGCGGUGGUGGAGGAAGCACCUUUGGCGUCGUGACUUCAUACACUGUCAAAGUCUUUCCCAAGAUCAAGGCUGCCAUCAUGAGUUUCUCCUUCACCACCAGUAAUACAGUCUCAUACAACACUUUCUGGAGAGCAGUGAGAGCAUAUUGGGAACUCAUUCCAACUUUUAAUGCUGCUGGCAAUUACGAGUACUGGGCUGUGACCCACGGAGAGGGUGAUUUGCUAGCUUUCUCGUUCUUCCCAUGGUUCGCACCAAACCAUACUCUCGUCGAGCUGAAGACUCUCGUUGCGCCUCUCUUCCAAACGUGGAAGGAUCUUGGAAUCGAGUUCAAUGUUACAGAGUCGGAGCAUAGUAGCUACUACGGUGCUUGGGCAGCUGGGUUCCCCCGUGAGGUUGUGGGCGGUGCGAAGACCAAGACAGCUGGUCGCCUCUUCCCUACUGAAAACUUCAAAGAUGCUGCAAAGUUCAACAAGACUUUUGAUGCCCUCAAGAGUCUCUCAGACAAGGGCGGGCAGAUCAUUGGCUUCGGCAUCACCGGAGGUCCAGGACCUUACCCCGACAAUGCCGUGAACCCUGCAUGGCGAAGUGCAGCCAUGUGGGCGAUCUCCGUCAUCGACUAUCCCGAAGGAAGUUCCUGGGAUGUGGUUGCUGAGAAGAGUAAGACAUUGACCAAUGACUGGAUGAAACCAUGGAGGGAAGUGACUCCUGGCGGUGGCGCGUAUGCUUCUGAAGCGGACGUAACAGAACCCAACUUCCAACAAUCGUUCUACGGCACUGACAAGUAUAAGAGGCUUUUGUCCAUCAAGGAAAAGGUUGAUCCGUAUGGGCUCUUUUAUGCACUGCAGGGUGUUGGAAGCGAGCGAUGGCUUUUAUGGAACGUACUACGAAUGAUGAGAAUCGAAAGAUGAAUGUUCAGAUAUCUAAAAGUCUAGUCUAAAAUAUAGUUCAAAUACAAUCAACACGCCUGCGUCUUUCAAACGAAAAAAAAUGAAGUGGUCCCCAAAUCAACAAGAUCUAAAUCCCAAGUCACUCAACGGCGUUGAGCUUGAAGUCCUUAGGGCCCUUGUAAGCCUGGAUCUCAGCAUUAGGCUCCUUGGACUGCCAGAGCUGCUUGUUGGGAAUAAAGUGCUUUCCAACCGUGUUGCUGAUUGGGCUGACAGGCUGGGAGACAGAGAAGGUCAAGCCCUUCUUGCUGCGCUUGACGGAGAAUGUGCGAGAAGAGUCCUUGCACUUGGCGUCCUUGACAUCAGGGAGGAGAUAGUUGGCGGACUGGACGUGGGCGGAGCAGUGAACGGGGGUCUUCCAGGUCUCCAUGGAUCCGGACUGGAUCACCUUGAACUCAUAGCUAAAGAAA